AUGUCGUUACCAAAGUCAAAGAUCAAGAAAACUGUGGUUCAUGUUGAGUUUGCUGCAGUUGUUCAGAUGGAUAGUGUAUGGGCCAUACAAGGGCUUCAUAAACUUGUUGAACUGUCUUCUCAACAAGUUGUAUCAUAUGAUAGCGAGUCUAGCGGUUGUAACGGUGGUGGAUCAGACGACGCCACUAGAGACUCCUACUUUAGUAAGAGCUCAAUUCACGCUCGCUGUACAGAUUGGCUUAAAAUAGGAAAAUCGACUGCCAUUGCAGAUGAUGAAUACGACAUGAUUAUGUAUCUCUAUCGACACGGUCCAAUAGCUGUCAGCCUCAGCGUAGAGAAUCUGAGGCUCUACUCAAAGAAAAUACUGAGUUUCUGUGGAGGCAAUCACAGCAAGACAAAUCAAGUGGUUGUACUCACUGGUUUUGAAGUGAGUGAUGGCGGCACACCAUUUUAA